AUGCAUCAUCAUCAUCAUCUUAAUCACCCGUUUAUGGAUGCAGCAUUAGUUGGUGCUGUUGGUUUAGGUGCUUAUGAAUUAUGGCAUCAUCACCAAUAUGGUACUUGGGGCUUCGGAAAUCCAUACAAUCAAGGUGGAGCUGGUGGUCAAUAUGGAUAUGUACUUCAUUUAAAACCAAUGAUACUUUUUAAUUUUUUAUAA